CACUAGCUCUUCACCUUCACUUCUCUUUUCUCUCUUCUCAAAUUUAUCUACCAUUUUGCAAGAUGAAGAAGGGUAGUAAUUCUUUUGCUGCAAUAUUCUUGGUUGUGACGCUAGUCCUUUUUCUUGGCAAAUUUCGGGCGAUAGAGGCAGUAACGUGCAGUGUCAUGGAGCUGAGUCCGUGUGCCGGGGCGAUCACAUCGUCGCAGCCACCCUCUUCGGCAUGUUGCGCUAAGUUGAAAGAGCAGAAGCCUUGUCUUUGUGGGUACCUCAAAGAUCCAAACCUAAGGCCUUAUGUCAAUUCUCCUAAUGCCAAGAGAGUUGCUAAAUCCUGCGGAGUACCCACUCCCAGCUGUUAGAAUCUUAACAAAAAAAAAUCACAUCGUAAAAUUAUCUGUAUCACCAUAUUAUGUAAGCAAUGCUAAAUAAAAUUGCCUCCUUUUUUUUUUCCCUUAGAUGAAUCUUGCUCUUAUACCGACUAGACUGGGAUGAUGAGUAAUUGAUUGGUAUACUAAUAAAUCUUGCUAUUACUUGGUUUA